AUAUUAUAUCGAUAGAUGGCAUUACGAGUGGCCCACAAAAACAUGGCUGACGACAAAAUCCCCACCAGUGCUUCACCCCCGCGUCAACAAGCUGAUCUUAACCUCCGUGAGGUUACUCCUGCCGGCAUUAGCAAAUUAGCAUCGGUUUCAUUGAACAGUACAAUGUGUGGAAUAUUUUGCUCCAUACAUCAACCCGAACAAGAUUCUGAAUCCACGAGACAGUGGAAUAUUUGCAAGGAUACAAUAGCUGCACGAGGGCCUGAUUAUUUCAUGGAGAAACGUUUGACAUUGAGUCGUCACUGGCACGGGCAUUUUGCUGCCGCGGUCUUGUGGAUGCAAGGACCUAGGGUAACGACGCAGCCAAGUGUCGACGAUAAUGAAAACUUGUUACUAUGGAACGGCGAUCUUUUCUCGGGUUGCUUGGCGAAAGACGACGUUUGCGAUACAAGUGUCAUAGCGGCUGAAUUGCAAUCUACUAUGGACGUUAUGUCUGUGCUCCGCAAGAUCAGAGGCCCUUAUUCUUUAGUAUACUAUCAAAAGUCAAGCAAUACGUUAUACUUUGGACGAGAUGUCAUCGGACGGCACAGUUUGCUCUUGAAAGUGGAUAACAAUUUGUUGACUUUAGCAUCGGUGGCCAACAAAAAGCUGAAAGGGGUUGUAGAAGUGCCAGCUAUAGGUAUCUUUGCGAUGAAUUUAAACACGCCACAAAUCAAUUUAGCAUGUUACCCGUGGAGAGAGCCAGACUUGAUGUUCACCGAUAUUAUCGAAGUAUUGGAGACAAAUUUAAUGGUCGAUAUCGACAUCAAAGAGACUAUAUUCGACGCUCGUACGCCAACGAAUUUGCAUCUGCAUCCUCAGCCGAGAGACGUGGAAUACCUUGAAAAUGCGCCGCUCGGUAAAGAUUAUAACGAGGUAUUGCGAUAUCUGUUGGAAAAUGAAGAGGUAGACGAGAGAGUCGACCGUCUGACGGAACUGCUGCAUCACUCUGUCAAAGUCCGAGUAAGGAAGAAACCCAAUUAUUGCAAGAGCUGCACGAGAGUCGUGCUAAGCGGGUCGAGUGUUGCUUGCGCUCACGCCAAGAUUGGCGUAUUGUUCUCCGGUGGCCUAGACUCGGCAAUCUUGGCAGCGAUAGCCGACAAGUACGUGCCAGAGGACGAGAGCGUCGAUCUCAUUAACGUCGCGUUCGAAAAGGGGAAUGUAACGCCAAAGUAUGACGUGCCGGAUCGGAAGACCGGGCGGCAAACGUAUUCCGAAUUGUUGCGGAUUUGCCCCAGUAGGAAAUGGAAUCUUGUAGAAUGUAAUGUCAGCCAAGCGGAACUGCAGCUGUAUCGUGCGUCGCGAAUCUGCGAUCUGCUGCAUCCCUUACGGACAAUCAUGGACGAGAGUCUAGGGUGUGCCAUGUGGUUCGCGAGUCGAGCGAAAGGUGUUCUCUACCCGAUGAACCAGGCAUACGAGUCGCCGUGCAGGAUAUUGCUCUUAGGCAUAGGUGCGGACGAACUGUUUGGCGGAUACAUGAGACAUAGAACCAUACUGCGGCAUAGAGGAUGGGACGCGCUGGUACAAGAAUUAAGUGUCGAAUUGGCCAGGAUUUCCGAGAGAAAUUUAGGUCGGGACGACCGGAUCGUUUCCGACCAUGGCAAACAAUCCCGUUUGCCGUAUCUGGACGAGAAUCUGGUCAAGUAUGCGCAGCGUAUGAAGCCAUGGGAGAGGUGCUAUCCGACUGAGAAAAUGCCAAGUGGACUGGGAGACAAGUUACUGUUGCGUUUGCUAGCCUACAAGAUUGGUUUUCAGUCUACGGCAAACUUUCCUAAGAGAGCCUUCCAGUUUGGCUCGCGAAUUGCAAAUGGUAAAGAAAAUGCCAGUGAUGUAUCCAAUAGAUUGUAAGAGACGAGAAUCGACAUUCAGCCUAUAUCUGCCAUAUGUAAGAUGUGCAGCUUGUCGUCGACAUAUUAAUACCAAUAUGAAUGUAACGAGCGUUGUAAGCUCUUUGAAAACUUACAACAAGAGAAAUAUAACUUGCUCUCGA